AGACACGCAAAUGAUCAUGUAGUACGUUGUAUAAAUUCACAAGCUUGGGGAGCAAUAGGAGCAUAUGCUUUCUGGGAUAUUCCAUCCUUAUUUUCUUCCAUCUUUCUACUUAAUUUUCCUAUUAGUACAGCUUUCUGCUAAUCGAUCAGCAUUGUCCUUCUUAAGCUAGCUAGCUUUGUCGAGAAGAAAAGUUGUCGAUCAGAAAAAGAUAGAACAACGUACAAUGAGAUACAGCACUAGUUUGAUUUUGAUCAAACUGCUGGUAAUUCAAUACCUGUCAGUCCAGGUUCUUUGCGCUUCUCAGGACUUUGAUUUCUUCUACUUCGUUCAACAGUGGCCAGGAGCAUACUGCGACACAAAGCACAGUUGUUGCUAUCCCAAGUCAGGGAAGCCUGCUGCAGAUUUUGGCAUUCACGGUCUCUGGCCUAACUACAACGAUGGCUCUUACCCUUCUAACUGUGAUCCCGACAGUGUCUUCGACAAAUCUGAGAUCUCAGAGUUGAUGAGCAGUCUGGAAAAGAAUUGGCCGUCGAUGAGCUGCCCGAGCAGUAACGGGUACAGGUUCUGGUCACAUGAAUGGGAGAAGCACGGCACUUGCGCCGAAUCUGAACUUGACCAGAAAGAUUACUUCCAAGCCGGUCUCAAGCUCAAGGAAAAGGCCAACCUUCUUCAAGCCCUUAAAAAAGCUGGUAUAAAACCAGAUGAUGAACUAUACAGCUUGGAGAGCAUUGUGCAGGCUAUAAAAGAGGGUGUUGGGCAUACCCCAGGGAUUGAGUGCAACAAAGACUCAGCUGGUAACAGCCAACUUUACCAAGUUUACUUGUGCGUUGAUACUUCUGGCCAAGACAUUAUCGAGUGCCCAAUUCUUCCUAGAGGACGAUGUGCUUCCACUGUCCAAUUCCCUAAAUUUUAAUUAAUCGCUGGAUCUAGCUAUCAUAUAUGAGGAAUGUUAAUUAUCGUCACUCUUUAAUCUCAUAUAUAGCUGAAAUUUUCAGGCU